CUCCGCCCUCUUCCCACACCGCCCUCAGCCGCUCCCUCCUCAGCGCCGGUCUGGAGAGGAAUCGAGCGUGGAACACAUCGAUAGCUCUGCCCUCUGCGGCCGCCCGGCCCCGAACUCAUCGGUGUGCUCGGAGCUCGAUUUCCCCGGCGGAGGCAGCAGCGGCAGCAGCAGCAGCGGCGGCUGUGGCGGCGGCGGCGGCGGCGGUGGUGGCGGCGGUGGUGGUAGUGGCGGCGGCGACGGCGGCGGCGGCAGCAGCGGUGGCGGCUGCUCGGCCAGGACUCCCGGCCCCCGCCAUUUCGGACUGGGAGCGAUUGCGGCGCGGGCCCUGAGGGCUGCGGCGGGGGCCUGAGGCUCGGCGGCUCCCAGGUGCAGGGGAGAGGCCUGCUGAAAAUGACCGAAUAUAAACUUGUGGUAGUUGGAGCUGGUGGCGUAGGCAAGAGUGCCUUGACGAUACAGCUAAUUCAGAAUCACUUUGUGGAUGAAUAUGACCCUACAAUUGAGGAUUCCUACAGGAAACAAGUAGUAAUUGAUGGAGAAACCUGUCUCUUGGAUAUUCUCGACACAGCAGGUCAAGAGGAGUACAGUGCAAUGAGGGACCAGUACAUGAGAACUGGGGAGGGCUUUCUUUGUGUGUUUGCCAUAAAUAAUACUAAAUCAUUUGAAGAUAUUCACCAUUAUAGAGAACAAAUUAAAAGAGUUAAAGACUCUGAAGAUGUACCUAUGGUCCUAGUAGGAAAUAAAUGUGAUUUGCCUUCUAGAACAGUAGACACAAAACAAGCUCAGGACUUAGCAAGAAGUUAUGGAAUUCCUUUUAUUGAAACAUCUGCAAAGACAAGACAGAGAGUGGAGGAUGCUUUUUAUACAUUGGUGAGAGAGAUCCGACAAUACAGAUUGAAAAAAAUCAGCAAAGAAGAAAAGACUCCUGGCUGUGUGAAAAUUAAAAAAUGCAAUGUAAUGGGUGUUGACGAUGCCUUCUAUACAUUAGUUCGAGAAAUUCGAAAACAUAAAGAAAAGAUGAGCAAAGAUGGUAAAAAGAAGAAAAAGAAGUCAAAGACAAAGUGUAUAAUUAUGUAAAUACAAUUUGUACUUUUUUCUUAAGGCAUACUUAAGUAAAAGUGGUAAUUUUUGUACAUUACACUAAAUUAUUAGCAUUUGUUUUAGCAUUACUUAAUUUUUUUUUCAGCUCCAUGCAAACUGUUAGCCUUUAUCCUAAAUGCUUAUUUUAAAAUGACAGUGGAAACUUUUUUUUCCUUUUCCCCCUCUAUGUGCCAGCAUUCCCUGAUUUUGGUUUUCCUAGCAAAGCCUGUGAAAAAGAAACUGAACACCUGAGAUGGCCGUCUUGGGGUUUUGGUGCAUGCAGUCGAUUCCUUCCUGUUUUUCUUAAUAAUUGUGAACGUUGGUGUGAAACAAAUUAAUGAAGCUUUCAGAUCAUCCCUAUUUUAGGUUUUAUUUAGUCACUUAAAUGCAUUAAUUAGUAACUAACUUCAGUUGAGAUUUUUUGAUUGGUUUUCCUGAAACAUUGAGGGAAUACGAAUGUAUGGACUUCCUGUUGAUUCAUCUUCUAGGCAUCAUGUCCUCCACUGUGUCAUCCUCACAAAUAGAAAGUUACACUGUUCCCAAGGUUUUCUCGUAUUCCCGCUGCUGGUUAUGGUCACUGUCCUCCAAAUAUUAUAUUUUUUCUAUAAAAAGGAAAAAAUGGUAAAAAUUUCAGGGCAAUGGAAAGACUAAGACUCCGAAUAUAUUGCUUUUCCUAUUAAGGCAAACCAAGUAUGAAGUGGGGAUUAUAGCAGCCAUUUCAGGGCUAUAUUUAUGUGCUACUAAAUUUUUAUAAUUAAUGAAACAAUUGUGUGAAAAAUUCUCAUAGGAAUUGAACAUAGGUUCCCUGUGUCAGAUUGCUGUUCCUUAGCAUAAAUUUACAUCUUUUCUUGGACCUCAGUCUUUGAAAAUAUUAUUAAUUCCAGUAGUGAUAUUGAUGAUUCUAUGAGCCAGAUACAGCUUAGUAGUUGUUGAAGAGACCAAGGUUGUAAGGCCAGGCCCUGUAGGAACCUUUGAGGCUUCCCCAAGAGUGUCAGGACACAGACUAUCCUGUGUUCAUCUAGUGUUGCCAGGCAUCGUUGGUCACAGUGGGGACCAGGAGAGUGUUUGCACAGCUCAGAAAGAUGUGGUGGCCUACAGACAAAUCAAGAGCAUCACCUUUUUUUUUUUAACUUUUAAAAAAUUACUUUUAAAUAUUAACUUGGAAGUUGAAAUUUGGGGGUUGGGAUAUGCCCACAUUUUUUUUAGGCUAUGAAGUGAGAAAGUUUCAAAAUCUCUACUUUCAUGAAUUCUCUUAACAUUGGUUAAAGUAACAUUUCAUAAACAAUUUUCCAUCGUGAUCCAAAUUUGAAAAUAAUGCUUAAGAACAGAUAAGUUAACAUCAAUAAAAAGUUCUUGCGAUGCAUUUAGAAUGAGAUGAUAUGAUGAGUUGAAAAUAGCACCAGACUAGGAGGAAGGUAACUUAGAUGCUAGAUACGUUUCUUGUAGCAUUCUGGAUUUUGAGCAAAUCAUGUAUUGUCCAUGUCUUCAUGUUGAAAGUUAUCAUCUCAAAGGCUCUGUGUUAACUCCAUAGCCGUUUGGUUUACGUUUAGUUUAAUAAGCAUACAUGUGUUUGUCAAACUCUGUACAGUCUAACCUUUUACCUGUGUUACCAUCUUCAUUGCUAGUCUUGGGCAAAAUUGUGCAUGGGGUGAAGUUUAUAUUUGUGAGUAGCCAUUCUGCAGUUUCAGGACUCCCCUCCCACAUUAGUGUCUUCUUGCCUGCCUGUGCUUCCAUAAGACCCAUGCCUUGAUGCAGCUUUCUUUUAAUCCUGUUCUAAUUCCCCUAACCUCAAAAUGUGUUGCUGCUAUGGAUGUCUCUGUGACAUUUUCCCAGGAGGUCACAUUCAAAAUGCCCUACAUCUUAUUUUCUCAGGGCUCAAAAUAAUCUGAUAGAUACUAUAAUGGAAUUUGACCUAAGAGUUGAUUUUUGUGUGGUACCUGUAGCAAUUUAAUCAUGACCCUUAAACGUCAGCUCUUUGCAGCCCAGUCUUCUGGUGACUAGGAAUUUUCAAACUAGAUCUGAAUAGAUAGUGCUAUCCAGUGGAAGGAGAAUUUAGUAAACAAAGGGAAUGCUGCAGUCUACAAGUAGGACUAGCUCUGCUACCAAUGAUGCAUUCCAUUUUAUGGUAACUGAAGUCUUCUCACAGUGAAAAAUACUUCAAAAUUUAAUUUAAAGUGCUUUUUGGCAGAACUCGUAUAUUUUACAAAUACUUUGAGUGCCUACCCGAUGCCAGCCACUAUACGAAAAACUACAGAUAAGGUACACCCAAAGGAGGGGCAUAAUCCCUGGCCUUACGCUGUGCUGCCAUAGUCUAUAAUGCCGUAGCAAGGCAUCUGGACGCGACCCAGAGGGAACACAAUGUGAAUUUUACUUUUGCAAAGAAGGGAUUUGGGCUGUGAGGGUUCUUCCAGUUCUAAGAUAAUUGUUUUGCUAUGAUUCCAUUGUAACUGUUUAAUCAAGUUACUUUAUGUAAAUCACUUAACUUCAUUGUUUAAUAGAGUAAAUUUGAUUUUAUUGUUUUUUAUUUGGCAUAACUGUGAUUCUGUUGAGACAGUUAUAGUAUACAUUGUUAAAUGUCAGAUACUAAUUUAAAUUCCAAAGUAUGUAAUAUUCCAGUUUUAUCUUUGUAGAAAUAAUUAAAAUAGACUUUUAAAAAUUAAA